AUGCGUUUUAUGGUGUCCGCCAUGACUGCCGCCGUGAGUUCCUUCACCUCUUCCAUGAGCGAAAACCCCAAAGCGCUCCCGCAGACUCUUCUGCUGUUACUUUUAGCUGUUACCCCUUCAGCUGCAGCGCCCUCGCAAUGGCAGCAGAACGGUCAAGUCGUGUUGCAACAACAAUCCACAUCGGGAAAACGCGGCGCUGUCGCUUCUGAAAGCAAAAUAUGUAGUCAAAUAGGCAUUGAUCUCCUCGACCAAGGCGGAAACGCCAUAGACGCCUUUGUCGGAACUCAGCUAUGUGUCGGUGUCGUCGGCAUGUACCAUUCGGGCAUCGGCGGCGGUGGAUUCAGUCUCAUCCGGGACAGCAACGGCAACUACACCGUCAUCGAUUACCGCGAAUCCGCCCCCAGUGCGGCUUUUGAGGAUAUGUUUCACGGUAAUGUCAUGGGCAGCGUGCACGGUGGGCUUUCCGUAGGUGUACCGGGCGAGCUGCGAGGUCUCGAGCACGCGCAUAAGAAAUUCGGCUUACUGCCGUGGAAGUCCGUUGUGCUACCGGCAGCCUCCGUAGCGCGCCACGGGUUUCCCGUCUCCGAGGAUCUGAUACGCUACAUGGAGUUCGGCCUUGAAAUGAGCGAUCGGAACUUCCUUGUCGAAGAUCCCUCGUGGGCCCAAGACUUCGCCCCGAAUGGGGUUCUGGUCAAGUUAGGUGAUACUAUGACGAGGAAACGCUAUGCAAAAACCCUAGAACAAAUAGCUGAACAUGGUGCCGACGUGUUCUAUACUGGUCCAAUGGCCGAGGCAACGAUCAAGUACAUCCAGAAGUACAAUGGCACCAUGACCAUGCAGGACCUGGCUAACUACGAGGCCAUCGUCCGCGAGCCCAUCAGCAUCUCGUAUCGCGGCUUCAAGCUCUUCUCGUCGGGCGUACCUAGCAGCGGCGCCGUCUGCCUCAGCACGCUCAAGACGAUGGAGGGCUACGACGUAGCUGACAUAGCCGCCGACCCUGAACUUACCCUCCACCGCUUCGACGAGUCGAUGCGCUUCGCCUACGGCGCCCACCAAGCCCUCGGCGACCCGGCCUUCGUCUCCGGCAUGCCGCGGCUCGAAGCGGCGAUGCUGGACGACGCGCACGCCGAGUCCAUCCGGCGUCGCAUCCGCGACGACAGGACGCAGCCCAUCGAGAACUACGACCCGCCGCGCGUCUACGUGCCCGAGAGCCACGGCACGUCGCACAUCUCGACGGCCGACGCCUCCGGCGCCGCCGUCUCCUCCACCACCACCGUCAACCUGCUCUUCGGCAGCCAGCUCAUGGUCCCCGAGACGGGCGUCGUCCUCAACGACGAGAUGAACGACUUCUCCAUCCCCGGCGUCCGCAACGAGUUCGGCUACGCCCCCAGCCCCGCGAACUACAUCCGCCCGGGCAAGCGGCCCUUAUCUUCCAUCACCCCCGUCAUCGCCGAGUGGCUUGACCACUCCAACUCCAACUCCCGCUCCCUCGCAGCCGUCGUCGGCGCCGCCGGCGGCUCCCGCAUCAUCAGCUCGACGACCCAAGUGCUCUGGCACAUGCUGGAGCGGGGUCUCCCCGUGGGCCGCGCCGUCGCCGUCCCCCGCUUCCACGACCAGCUGAUGCCGAACCGGGUCGAGUUCGAGUACACGUUCGACAACGCGACGGUCGCCGGCAUGCUGGAGAGGGGCCACAACGUGACGUGGGUGCGCGAGGGGUUCAGCGCCGUCCAGGCCAUCAGCGUCGGGAGGGAUGGCGCGUUCGAGGCCGCGGGCGAGACGAGGCAGGGGAGUAGUGCUGGGUUGACUUGGUAG